AUGACAGACCAACAGGAACCCGAAAUCCACGCAACGGCGGCCAGUCUCUCGCCCGUCUCACCUUCUCCUUUACAUACCGGCGCUCCUCUUGUCGUUCCAGCGCUACAAGACGCCCUUGAUAGCAUCGAGGCCAUGGUUGCCGCAGUCGCAGACGCGCCAGAGACGGCGCUUCAAGUCAUCGCCAGUUCCACCAGCGAAGCCGCCCACAACGACUUUGUAGACGAUGACAGCUUUGACGAUGCCUACGCCGAGGACACUGAUCCUCAACUACCAGCUCCAACCGACACGGGCGAUCAAGAUCCCAACGACGAUUAUGCCAAAAUGUUUGACUCGCCCGUCGGCUCAGACCAAGCAGAGGAGGACCGGGACGCCUCCGUAGACGUAUCAGUUGCGCCAGACUCGACUGUCUGCCAAGCCCAGCCCAUUCAAGCUCAAAAGGACGCGGCAAGCUCCUCUCUUCCUGUUUCUAGCAGUCAUCCCUCGCCGAGCACGUCCGACGCUCCAGCCUCCCAACCUGCCGCCCAGACACACGCAGGCCUUGAUGCCACUAUCCCAGCUGUUGAAGCAAACAAAGUGCCCCGGACCCCUCCGGCAGACCCCCAACAUGAACUGCAGCCAUUCUCGCAAGACGAGCCCAGUUCUACCCUGAACUUUCAUGUCGAUAAAUCGCAUGUUGCUGCCAACCCAGCUGCCACCCAAUCCGAAAGCCUACCAGCUGCAAUUAGCGGAAAUGGCAGUCCAACGACCCUAGCCUCCACAUCAUCACUCCCGCCACGCCCGCCUAUCCCACAACCAGCGGCCCACUCAUAUAGCCAGGCCUCUUUACAGGAACCCUUACAAGCUCCUCAAUCUGCGGUCGGGACUUCAAAUGAAGUCUUUAGUGCCAUCUCGCUGCUACCCCAAGUCAGUCAUGAUGACUCUGUGCCAAAUGCUACGCCUGCCGCGUCUGCCGCGUCUGCCCCAGCUCAGCAAGCCCGAGACGAAUAUCAGAGUCUCUGGGACCAAUUCAUAGCCGACGAGAGACAGUACAUGUCUGAAGCCAAGUGGGACCGCUUCCCUGAAGGCUCACGUCUGUUCAUUGGAAACUUAUCAAGUGACAAAGUCUCAAAGAGAGAUGUGUUUGAAAUCUUUCACAGAUACGGCAGACUGGCUCAAAUCUCUCUAAAGUCGGCAUACGGUUUUGUUCAAUACCACACUGUUGAGGAGGGCAGGAGGGCCGUUCAAAAUCUCGAAGGUGUUGAGAUCAAGGGUCGUCGUAUUCACCUUGAGAUAUCAAAGCUUCAGGACAAGUCCAAAAAGGAACGCAACAGAAGCCCGGAGAGAGGUGGCCGCGGCCGAGAUGGUCCACGCAAAGGCGACAAAUUUCACGACAGAGAUGAUCGCCGCGGGGGUCGCCAUCACUCACCCCGUCGCCAAAGCUAUCAUGGACGCGAUGACUCGUACAGCGGCCGUGACAAGACUCACGGCUCUGGCCGCGGACGUGAUCGCUCCAGAUCUCCCGACUAUGGCAGACACGACAAGGGCAGGUAUCGGCAGCGAAGUAACAGUCCGUAUGGUGGGCGCUCCCGUCAUCAAGAGCAAGAAAUCGACCUGCCUAGAAGGUAUGGUGCCGAUGUUCCCGACAUCCAGAUCAUUCUUCAGCAAGAAGUCAACCGCGAUUUUGUCGCCUUUGUCGAAGACUCUUUCAGAAAAAGGGGACUGCGGCCGGAAGUUAUGUUCUUACAUCCUCGGUUUCCAAAAGACCAGGUGAUUCAGCGCCAAGCAGCCGAGGGCGUCCAUGCCGUUGUGGAGCUCGAUAUGCGCGCCCAGAGCAUCGGCAAGAUUCCUGUGCAGGUGUUUGAUCGUUCCGGUGGCUCCAACAAUGUGCGCUUCGACCAGUACGUCGAUCUGGACCCCACCAUAGCCGGCGAGGUUGUCCUCCGCGCUAAGGCUGCCGGCACCGCCGCCGCUGCAUACCCUCAGCAGCCAUACGGCGGCUACCAGCAGGCGUACCAUCCUCCCCCCCAGCAACAUCCUCCGCGCGGUGGCCCCUAUGACGCCGCUCCUCCUCCAGCCCCGUACGCUCAGUCCGUGCCUGCUACUACUGCUUCUGUCCCUAACAUGGCCGACGUUGCCAGGCUCGUUGGUCACGUCGACAACGCGACCCUGCAGCGAGUUCUCUCUGCUAUGGCCGCGCCCGUACCCAAUACCAUUCCGAAUGCGGCUGUGCCACCCGCGGGCAAUGCGCAGGUCGACAUUCACGCCCUCCUUGGUGCCCUCGGCGGUAGUCCCACAGUGCAAGCCCCUGCUGCGCCGGCUGCUGUUCACUACGGCGGCGUCUACGGUGGUGGCCAGGUUCCUUAUCCUCAUCCCGGCCCUCCAGCACCCGGCGGCGCAGCCAACGGUGAUUCGGCGGCGGUACAGAACAUCAUGGCCCAUCUAUCUCGUUACCGACAGUAG